GCCUCGCCACCAGCGCAGUGGGAGGACUAGCGUCUUGCCAGAACUUGCGGCGGUUUCAGUGGCUGCCUGGACCGGAGGAAGUAAAGUGAAACAAAUCAGCAGAAGCCGAGCAGAAACUUCCAUUUUAUCACCAAGAAGAAAAAGGAAGAAGCCGAGGAGAAGCACUGGAUUCAGUGGGCAGAAAGCAAAGCCGCAGAAGCGCCUCUCAUCACCCUGGGAUCACAUUCCAGCAGAGGGAAAUGAGCCUCUCACCGCGCUCCGAGCCUUCUUUGACGGGCUGAGGGCUCUUUGGACUCCAGCGCACUCGAUCUCUGUCAGCAGCUUUGACUGACUGAGAGAAUCCAAACCCUGGAAAAAAACAGAAGAGAAAAGGAAAAAAAAAAGUUCACGCUUAUCCUCAAAAGGAAAUAUUCAUGAUGGAGGAGGAAUACGAACUCGACCUCACCUAUAUCACAGAACGGAUCAUAGCCGUCUCCUUCCCGCGGGGCUGCUCCGAGGAGAUCUACUCGCACAACCUGAAGGACGUCACGCGAAUGCUCAAGUCCAAGCAUGCCGACAAUUACCUGAUUAUUAACCUGUCGGAGAGAAGGCAUGACCUCACUAAGAUGAACCCAAAGACUUUGGACACAGGUUGGCCAGACCUACAUGCCCCUCCGCUGGAUAAGAUCUGCACUAUCUGCAAAGCCAUGGAGAGCUGGCUUAAUGCUGACCCGUUACACGUGGUCGUCAUACACUGCAGGGGUGGCAAGGGUCGAAUUGGAGUUGUCAUUUCCUCCUUUGUGCAUUUCACUGACGUGUCCGCCAGUGCUGAUCAGGCAUUGGACCGCUUUGCCAUGAGGAAAUACUACGAUGAUAAGGUCUCAGCUCUGAUGACGCCUUCGCAGAAACGGUAUGUUUGGAUCCUGAACAGUUUGCUGAGUGGAUCCAUGAAGAUCAACGCCUCCCCCUUGUUCCUGCACUGCGUCAUCCUUCAUGGGAUCCCAAACUUCGACGCCGCCAGCAGAGUGUGUCACCCGUACAUCAAGGUCUACCAAGGAAUGCAAGCGGUGUACUCCUCUGGGGUGUAUCAUAUCAGGCCAGGUCACAGGGACCGUGUGUGCAUCAAUCUGGAGCCCGCCCAGCUCCUGAAAGGGGACAUUAUGAUCAAAUGCUACCAUAAAAGCGACGUGACCUCGGAGCGCGAGGUGAUUUUCCGGCUGCAGUUCCACACGGGAGCAGUACAGGGUUACAACCUGAUGUUUGAAAAGGAGGACAUGGAGAGCGCCAACAAAGAUCCCAGAUUUCCAGACUACGGCAAAGUUGAGCUUGUAUUUUCCGAGGGCCCAGAAAGAAUCCCAGGGGCUGACAGGUGGCAAAAUGGGCCGGACGUUAUUGUGGACUACAACACAGCAGAUCCUCUAACCCGCUGGGACUCGUACAAGAACAUCUGUGAUGGUGAAGCACCACGCUCUCAGGGCCUAAACCAGGAUAAAGCAGCUACCAAGAGGAGCGCUAUCGGUGGAGAGGCCACGCUGGGCAGAGGGACCCGCACCACCUCCACAACCUCCAGCCCUGACCAUAGCGACCACGCCCUCUCAGUGAGCAGCGACUCAGGCCUGUCCAGCACAUCUCUGUGGGUGGAAAGACCCACACCCGUUCUAACCACCAACAACAACAACAACAGCAGCAGCAGCAGCACCAUUGUGAAGGCCAACCAGGGACCCAGUCCACAGGAGAAAGUCCAGCUGAAACAGCUCCUUAGUGGUUUUGGUCUUGACGAUCCUUCCCUAGAUGAGAUGGACGAACCAGACCCUAAGCUGGGCUUGCAACAGACCCUCCCAGCACAGUUGCACUUUAAUGGAGACACCCAACCCCGAGAGAGGGAGACUGACAUCCUUGACGACGAAGUCAACACUGCUCAUGACCUGCAUAGUGUGGACAGCCUAGGAACCCUGUCAUCGUCGUGCCACAAGAGUAGCCAAAACUCCCUGCUGUCAGAUGGCUUCGGGUUUCCUGGAUCAGAGGAGCAACAAAACCAGCACCACCUGCAUCACACUGUGCCGCAACACAUGGAUGAUUUCGAGAGAUCCUAUGCAGAGGCUAGAAGAGCCUUUUUGAGAUCCAGAAACAACUCUGAGGCUUCCUGUAACCCCAGCAGUGCUCCUACACCAAAGCAGCAUGUGUACAGACAGGGGAGCUACUCCACGCAGUCUUGGGUUCGACAGCAACAGAUGGUCGCCGCACAGCAGUUCAACUUCAUGCCGGAGGAAGGAAAUGACACUGAAAGAUAUUCUGCGGUCAAACCUGGAAGUAGUUCACCAAAAGAAGGUCUGGCCAACCAACCACAGAACCCCAUCAGGGACAAAAAAGUGGACACUGUUAAAAACACAGCGCCUUACAGGGAACAGCCAGCCACCAAUAACAACAACAAAAACAACAAACACGAUGAAGAGAUUAAAUCCUUAACAAUGGAUAUUGAUAACUCCAUUGAUCAGCUGAAUCAACUGAUCAUGGACCUGGAUCCAACUUUUGUGCCUAAGUCAGGCCUCAGUAAGCCCGCCAAGAGGGACGAUGGGACGCAGUUCAACGGCCUAGUCGGCGAAGGUUCAAACAGCAUCGACGUCAGAUUCAACGAUUGUAACACGGCAACUCUAAAAACCACACAGCAGACAGCUGUCCAGUCCAACGAUGGGCGACGGGGCAUAACCCCAGGUUUGAGUUACCAAGGGAAGGAUGUAAUGGAUCACCACGGCUUUUGUAACACAGGGUGGAGUGACCCAGAGGAGUACAAGGGCCAGCAGAUAUAUCCUCCAUCUGUCUCUCAGUUUCAACAUACCACAUUGUGUAGAAGUAACAGUACCAGUUAUAGAGGCCCGGGCCCAGGUGACACUGGCGGAACUGAGGGAGCAAUUGACCAGACUCCACCCACUCCUGCAUUCCCCAUCUCACCACCAACGCCUUAUGUGUCAGAGUUCCCUGAAUUCAGGCAAACUCCGUCUCCCAACAUGCAGUCACAUGGGGGCUUCAGAACAAACCAAGAACAACGUGGAUAUCCUCAGAUGAAUCAUGUUAGCUUUGAGCCUCUGCCCGAUUCCUCCAUCAGCUGCCACAGGAUGUUAAAUUCGUCAUACUCUACCUCCAUCAUUGGAAAUCAUCAGCAGCAGCAGCAGACAGAAAGCUCAUCCGUGAAUCAGUCCUGGCCAGAGCAUCAUGUUCUGACCCGCCACUCGUCCCUGAGUAACCACCCGUCAGCCCGGCAGCCUAUUCUGCACUCUGUGUCUCUGGACUAUGGCCAUCACUCUCCUCCCUUACAUCACCCUCAUGCCCAUCCUGCCCCCAACGCGCACAGCUCUCCACGAAACAACCAGCGAGGCCGCACGGCUUGCUACGCCCUCGGCCGUAGCCCCCAAUGCUUUGACGAGCAAGACGGCCCCUUCCGUCGCUAUGGCAAAGACUGCCUGGACAUAGGUAUUGAAAGAGACGUUUUUAACUCGAUGGAAGGCCAGCACCAGUCACAGGUUCCCCAGCCCCAGCCCCCUCUGCUGCCUGAAAAAAAGCGGGCGUCGGACGGCGAGCAUUCGCUGGGAACUGCAUCUCCAGCCCUCAGCGGGUUCUCGAGUCCCCACAGUGGGAGCUCCCUAAGUAUUCCUUUCCCCAAUGUGCUGCCUGACUUGUCAGCCCAGACACCGCGUGCUGCCUCACCUCUGCCAGACGUACUCGUCAGCAAGCAGGUGACGGUGAAGUUUGUCCAGGACACAUCAAAAUUCUGGUACAAACCAGAUAUCUCAAGAGAUCAAGCUAUUUCAGUUUUGAAGGACAAGGAGCCAGGCAGCUUCAUAGUGAGGGACAGCCACUCCUUCAAAGGGGCUUACGGUCUGGCUCUGAAGGUGGCUACACCUCCUCCCUCAGUCAUCCAACAGAGCAGGAAAGGAGGGGAUCUAACCAAUGAACUGGUGCGUCACUUCCUGAUUGAGUGCACACAGAAAGGUGUGCGCCUGAAGGGCUGUCCCAAUGAGCCUUACUUUGGAAGCUUAACUGCAUUGGUUUACCAACAUUCAAUCACUCCUUUGGCUCUGCCCUGUAAACUUAUUAUACCUGACAGAGAUCCUCUUGAAGACGUUGUGGAGAACAUUUCAGUCACUAACUCAGCCGCUGAGCUGCUGAAACAGGGGGCAGCCUGUAAUGUAUGGUACCUCGGCUCUGUGGAGAUGGAGUCCCUGACGGGGGUCCAGGCAGUGCAGAAAGCCACCAGUAUGACCCUGGAUGCCAACCCUCCACCGGUCCCCACCGUGGUCCAUUUCAAAGUUUCCUCCCAGGGAAUUACUCUGACGGACAACCAGAGGAAGCUCUUUUUCAGGAGGCAUUACAAUGUCAACACAGUAAUAUUUUGCGCUUUGGACCCUCAAGAUAGAAAGUGGAAGAAAGAUGGCUGCGCGUCAGCAAAAAUCUUCGGCUUUGUGGCGAGGAAAACGGGCACUUCCACAGACAAUGUGUGUCACCUAUUUGCCGAACACGAUCCCGAACAGCCAGCGAGCGCCAUUGUGAACUUUGUGUCUAAAGUGAUGAUCGGCUCCCAGAGGAGUAAGUAGGACAGAGCUGAUCGCCUUGGAAAAACGUUUACAGAGGAGAGCCAAAAGACUGAGGACACAGAGGAUCUGAAGACUGGAAUAAAUUGGGCUUUGACUCUGGAUGUUAACUGGAUGUUGCAUAAAUAUUCAGAUUACUGUUAGCAGAAACACAGUGAGAUGUUUUUGAAAAGAAAUGCAGGAAUUAUUUCUUCUUUUUUUAAAACUAAAUCUAAGUCAGUUCAGAAAAAAAAAAUCUUAAGUAUUGUUUUUUAUAUAUGUUUACAUUUCUAGUGGUCAGUACUUUCAUCACUUAUUAUAUAAUCAAUGUUCUAAUUAUUAUUUUUUUUACACAAGUGGUAAAGAUGUACAAAAAAAACUUAAAACAAAUUAAGCUUUUAUUGCAGCAGGAUAAUCUAACACUGAUGCUUUUCUGAAAAGUCCUUCUUUUUGUGUAAGCACAUUUAUUUAACUCGAGGAAAAAAACAUCUUAAGACAUAAGUGUUUUUUAUAUUGUUUUUUUUUUUUAUAUAUAAAAACCACCUGUACCGCAGACAAAUUCUUGGAAAAUAAGUGUAACUAAAGGAGUUAUUUAAGGAUUCCUUUGUGUUUUAAUGUUGAUCAGUGUUUAGAAUCUGCAGUUAUUAAUCUACAAACGCAAACACAGCUUGACACAGAGGGUCUUUUUUUCUGAGAAACUUUUCAAGAUGACAAAGACAAGGGAACAGACAUGAGUGGAUGCAAAGAGCUAGUGGGGGCCACAUGCAUUUUUUUCUUUGUUUUUAAUCCAACUUAAUCCAAGCCUAUAACAAGCUAUACUUUGACAUGUAAGCAUCUCUUUACUACAUCUGAAUAUCUCUGUUUGGACGUUGAAUAUUUUAAAAAAAACAGAGGAACACAUGGGCAAACUAUGUAUAAUUUGGUCUGUGGAAGCAGCUACGUUUAUUUCGUAGGCAGGAUUUUUCUAUUUUAUCUAUGCAUUGUACAUAUUUUGUUUUAGUGUAUGGUACGAAACGCAUGUGUUGUAUGGAAGUGUCUCUUUCCUUUUUGUUUUAAGCGUAAAUCUCUUUUUUUGUCUUCAGGUGUCUUUGAACGUGACCACUUUGAAAGUAUUUUGUAGGGCUUUAGAUGGAAACCUUUCUGUGUAUUUUUGUAUUAAAUGUAGGGGCAUUGUAUGAAACUUUUCAACUAAAUAUAUAUAAUAUAUAUAUUUGUAUAUAUACAUACAUGCAACAACUGGUUAAAAGGCAAUAUUGAUUUUGUGCCAAAAUCAACUAGAUUUUCAGCUUUAGUUUUUUCUUCUUUUGGGAUAAGUCUUGUAGUUUAGUCGAUUUACAAGUCCACAGGCUGUUGACGUUGGGAGAUAUAAAUGUCAAUAAGAACUAAAGCAAAAGACAUAGCUCAUUGUUGGAAGUGUACAAAUACAAUGUAUUUGCUUUACUCCGUUGGUCAUUUGUCAAUGACAUAUACAAUACACCUCCUCUUAGGGAAAAAAUACAUUUCUGUUACCCAAGCCUAUUGUAUUUGAGAUGAUGACUAUCUUUUUCUACUUUUUUGCUUCGGACAUUUUAACCCGGGAGGGAUCUACAGUCACAACAAAGGUUGUCGGUUUUGCUGCAUUGACUGCAGUCACAAACCAAACACUCUCUUACGCUGCAUAGAAACCCAUGUUUUUUUCUCUCUCUCUAUCUAUGUCGCACUGUGUGACAUUUUGUGAAUUUUACACUUCAUGUAAAAUAGAAACAUAGAGGCCUGAAGGUGCCUUGUUUAGCUACCCAAACAAAGAUAUUUUUAGUAAUAACGCCAGUCAGAUAACAAAGACAUACGUUUUUGGAGACUCGUUCUAUGGUCUGGUGUUUGUGCAAAAUCACUGCUGUAGCAUCUGAAGUAAAAACUGGGAAGCUUGUAAGGCCUCUUGUAGCAGUAACAAACGGUAAGUAGGGAGGUGACAGAAUCAUGUAGUUGUUUUCCGGCCGGAGGGACUUGUCCGCUUCAACACAAUAGAUGUCAUCAUGAAGAAAGAGUAUUAUGUGCAAACAUUGAGGCAACAACUCAGGACAUCAGGAGGGAAGUUAAAGCUUGGGUACAAAUUGAGCUUUGUAGGACGUUAAACUUAUACAUACUGCCAAAUUAGUAAAUGGCUAAGGGGCAAAACUAAAUAAAUAAACUUAAAAAAUCAAAAGGUUUUGGAGUGGUGAUUACAAAUUACAAUGAUCUCAGUCUCAGAAAAUAUUUGGGCGGAGCUGAUAAGUUGUGUGUGAGCAGGGUCUUCUGCAAACCUUUACUCAGUUCAGUCGGGAGGAAUGGACCAAAAUUCGGUCAAGUUCCACAGUUUUAAGCACAAAGGUACCAAAUACUAGGAAACUAUGUAAACAUCUGAAUUAAAGAAACUACAGAAAAUUACUUUUUCCCCCUUGUAAAAUUCUAGUAUAUAGCUAAAAGAACAAAUACGGGAAAAGUUUACCCUAACGUCAGUGUGGUAAAAAACAUAUUUUAUAUAUGGUAUGUAGAUAUUUGAUUUCAAGAGAACAUGACCAGUAUACUUUUGAUCUCUCUCUCUCUCUCUCUGUCUCUCUCUGUCUCUCUCUCUCGUCAAAAGUAUUACGGUCAUAUACUCAUAUUUCCAUAUAUGUACCUCACGGUUAUUUCCUACAUAAUGCCUCUGUGUAUAACAUGUUACAUGUGAACAGCUUCAAUGUGUAUCAGUGUCAUGUCAUUUGAUGUUAUGUAAAUAAAAUAUGAAAAAAAAA